UCUCAUUAAGGACCGUCAUUCUUAGGAAAAACAUCGCUUUCGUAAUUCCUGCACCUACCGAACCGACUGUCGGCUUCGCUUCCGGAACGGCAUAUCCCGCGCUUUCCGGAAGACGUCGGCCCUCUUCUCUUCUCCGUUUCUGCUUCCCAUAUUUUCCUCCUUUCUUCACUGGUACAACGUUGCCUCCGUCUGUGAAGCAACUCUCUUGUGUGUCUUGAAUCUGCAACUAAGAGGGGAAGAGCGAAAAGAUAGAAAAGAUGUGGAUCAUUGGGUGGAAAGGGCCUUCUGGAUACUCUGCUCGCUCUACAGCUGAAGAAGUCACUGAGGGAAUCGAUGGCACUGGUUUGACUGCCAUUGUCACAGGUGCCAAUAGUGGUAUUGGCAUGGAGACUGUAAGAGUUCUAGCAUUACGUGGAGUCCAUGUAGUGAUGGCCGUGAGGAAAGUGGAUGCUGGUAGGAGUGUCAAAGAAGCUAUACUUGAGGAACUCCCAUCUGCUAAGAUUGAUGUGAUGGAGUUGGAUCUCAGCUCUAUGGAAUCUGUUAGGAAAUUUGCGUCAGAUUAUCAAUCAUCUGCUCUUCCCUUGAAUCUCCUUAUUAAUAAUGCAGGGGUAAUGGCAUGCCCCUUCACGCUUUCCCAAGACAACAUAGAACUACAGUUUGCAACAAACCAUCUAGGUCAUUUUCUUCUGACAAAUCUUUUGCUGGACUUGAUGAAGAAAACGUCACAGGAAAGCAAUACAGAAGGAAGGAUUAUUAUUCUGUCCUCAGAGGCUCACCGCUUUGCAGACCGUGAAGGUAUUCGUUUUGACAAAAUCAAUAACGAAUCAGAGUACAGUAGUCUGCAAGCCUAUGCACAGUCGAAGCUUGCAAACAUAUUACAUGCUAACGAGCUUGCAAGGCGCUUAAAGGAAGAAGGGGUGCAGAUAACUGCUAAUUCACUUCAUCCCGGAGGUAUAGCGACGAAUAUUUUUCGCCACAAUGGCAUUCUCAAUGUACUUGCUUCUCUUGGGAAAUUGUUCCUAAAAAAUGUUCCACAGGGAGCGGCAACUACAUGCUAUUUGGCUCUGCACCCACAGGUGAAAGGGGUCAGUGGCGAAUACUUUAUGAACAGUAAUAAAGCCAAAGCAAGCUCUCUCGCACAAGAUGCAGAACUGGGGAAGAAACUAUGGGAUUUCAGCAUAAGCCUGACCAAUCCUCAAUAGAAGGGUUCUGCUUGAACAGAUUUGUCUGUUGUUCUUUUAGUUAACACCAAGUCUUUUCUGAACUAGAUAUGAAGAAGCUUCACUGAGACGAGCAUUUGAUUUAAAGAUGUUGGAAAGUCCAUAUUCUCAAAUUUCUCUGAACACAAUUGGUGAAAUAGGAGAUGAUGGAAUGAGUGAAUUACUGUUUGUGGAUGCUGCAGACUGCAGUACUACCUAUUGUCUGUACCAUUACUUCUUGAUUAGUAGUUCUUGGUAUCUGAAGACAUUCA